AAGAAAGAAAAACAAACCAAACAGUUCAUACAACAUCUCUCAUUUCAUUUGCAGCAACAAAUAUCAUUACCAUUUCUUCACGUACCAAAAGAAGAAGAAGAAACAUGGCAGAUAAUCAGAGAAUUCAUCCACUUCAUGAUGUUCCACUUCAUGAUGUUGAAGCACCUCAACAACAACCUUCAGCACCUUUAGUACCAAGAAACAUGUCAAAAUCUGAUGAUCCUGAACAACAACACCCUCCUCCACCUUUUCCUAGUACACAACAAACUUUGCCUAUUCCUAUUAAUCAAUCAAAACCACCAAAGAAAAGAAGAAGCUGUUGCUGCAAAUUCUUCUGUUGGAUUUUCAGCAUAUUAAUAAUAUUGAUCAUAGCACUUGGCAUAACAAUUGGAAUACUCUUCCUUGUUUUUAGACCAAAGAUUCCAAAAUACUCGGUCGAUGAACUACGAGUCACGCAAUUCGAUCUUUCAAACAACAACAGUUUGGCAGUCACAUUCAACUUAACAAUCACUGCAAGAAAUCCAAACAAGAAAAUUGGAAUUGACUAUAGAGGUGGAAGUCGCAUAAGUGCUUGGUAUAUAGACACAAAAUUAUGUGAAGGGUCAUUACCUAAAUUCUAUCAAGGUCACAAAAAUGUUACUGUUCUUAGUAUACCUUUGACAGGACAAACACAGAAUGCAACAGGUUUGAGCUCUUCAUUGCAGCAACAAUUUCAAUCAGAGGGUAGUGUUCCUCUUAAAUUGAACGUGAAACAACCUGUGAGGAUCAAGCUUGGGAAAUUGAAGCUUCCCAAAAUUAAUUUCAGGGUCAGGUGUACAAUUGUGGUGGAUAGUCUUAGUGCUAAUAAUUCUAUUAGAAUUAGGAGCAGUAGUUGUAAAUUUAGGUUUAGGCUUUGAAUUCUUUAGUGCAUAUAUAUAUAUAGUAGAAUAUGCAUAUUGAUAUUUAUUUAUUUUUCUUUUGCUAUUGUUUCAUUUCUUUUAUGGUUUUUUAUAUUGAGAUAUCUCAAUGUGAUGGAUUUUGCUUUCCAUCAGCAUUUGGAGAUUGAGUUACAAUUCUUGUAAUUUUGAUUAUUUACAUAUUCAUAUAUAGCAUACAUAUGUUUAUUCUA